AUGCGACAUUCUGAACGGUUAGAUUCUGUUUUACAAAAUCGUGAUUGGCCAGCGGAAGCUUUCAUUAAUGGAGUCUACGUUCCUCAUGUGAGGCAAUUACCAACAGUGUUACCACAUCGCGCAGAUCCCUAUGAACACGUUCUCGACACGCCGUUGAGCAGAUAUGGAAAAGAUCAUGCGAAACGUACAGGAGAAUUCUUUCGUUCGUUAAAUCUAAUCCCUGAUCAAGUUUAUACGUCACCAGCGAUGCGUUGUAUUCAAACUGCUGAUUCUGUUCUUCAAGGUUGCGGCAAUCGGAGAAAUAUACCAUUGAAAAUUGACCUUGCUCUCCAUGAACCAGUACGACGAGAAUUACCAUUACAAUCGGCGAAUUUCUUUGCAUCAGCAGGUUUUAACGUUGAUCUUUAUUAUCAGCCGACGUUUCCAUCGAACGACAGUCGUCUCAUAUAUGGUGAAACACGCUUAGAUUAUUUUCGUCGAACGCAUUUUGUAUUGAAGAGAAUUAUCGAUAGGUUAUUGACUCGAGGUAGAAAAGGACUAUCCUUCUCACCGCCAACGGUACUCAUCGUCACCCAUCGAGCUAGUGUGACAUUACUUGCAUCUAUGCUCAAUCUCGAUGAUGUAGAUGAUAAAUUAACGUAUCUUAUCGAACUAGAAAACAAUAAACGUAACGAAGUAAAUUUUCUGUCGAUGAUCGUAGCGGAAUAUGAUGCAUCAAUUGGUCUAUGGACAUUCAUAUCUGACUUUGCUCAAAUGCGUAAAACUCGACGUAAUUACUACUGGUCCCUUCAGUUAUAA